CCGCUUUAGCUCCGCACGAAUAUAUUUUUUCGUUUCAGAGGUCUGUAAAAACGCUAUUAGGUUGAGUAUCUCUCGCAAUAGCGACACCUUGCUAAGUUGUAAAACUAAAGUUGCUGAGUCCUUCCGUUUAAGACGUGGCGCCAGGAUUUUCUCCUGUUCAGAUUGUUACCCAGUUUGACAGUCAGCAUCCAACUUUAUUCAGGGAGCCUUGACUUUCAUAUUAUUAGCUAGCUGUUCUGUCGGAUUUAAACCGACCGACCAACGAAGCACCAGGAUUCAGAGUAGAGCCUGUGCUGAACCAUGUGGAGGAAGGCUGCUGUGAUGGCUGUGCUAGCUCUUGCAGUGGGGUACCUCUAUCAUACAGAUCCAGACCUACCACAGUGUGUGUUAAGGUUCGUCACCCAGUCCAUUCCUCAGGUGCUGCUCUCCACGCAGCUUGAAGCCAAUGUUCCUUCCCUUGAAGAAGCCAUCUCCAGAGCAUGGGAUUCCCUCAUCACUGCUCCUACCAGACAGUGGGGUCGAAUAGCAGUUGGGGUAAAUGCCUGUAUUGAUGUGGUAGUGUCAGGAGUGGGGUUACUCCAGGCUUUGGCUGUUGAUCCAGGAACCAGCAGAGACCAUGAUGUACUACAUUCCAAAGAGGAUGUAAAAGAGACCUUCAUUCACUACAUGGAGAGAGGGGCGGCUGCGGAGCGUUUCUUUUCAGAUAAAGAAGGCUUUCAAAGGAUUGCACGAGCUGCUGCUGAAUACCCCGGUGCUCAGCUGUAUGUUGGAGGAAAUGCUGCUCUGAUUGGACAGAAACUUGCUUCUAACCCCCAUCUGGUGGUCCUCUUGUGUGGCCCUGUUGGGCCAAAGCUACAUGAGUUACUGGAUGAGCAGAUAGUAGUUCCACCAGAAUCACUGCAGGAGACUGAUGAAUACCACCUUAUCCUGGAGUACAAGGCAGGGGAGCAGUGGGGCUUGAGCCAGGCCCCUCAGGCCAACCGCUUCAUCUUCUCCCAUGAUGUGUCCAAUGGAGGGAUGAGCACCCUGGAGACGUUUGUGGCCAGUCUGGAGGAAUUCCAGCCUGGACUAGUGGUUCUGUCUGGACUCCACAUGAUGGAAGGCAUGGGGCGCACGCUGUGGGAGGAGCGACUCAGAGAGGCAGUAGCUGCCAUCUCAGAUGUCCGUAAUGAGGUGCCCAUCCACCUAGAGCUGGCCAGCAUGACUGAUAGAGAUUACAUGAGCAGCAUCAUGAAGGAGCAGGUCAUGCCCAUCGUCAAUUCCAUUGGACUGAAUGAACAAGAGCUGCUAUUCCUGUCCCAGGCUGGAGGAGGCCCUCACUCCAGCCUUGCUGCCUGGGAUGGCAUACCUGACGUGGGCCGUGUUACUGACAUCCUCCUUUGGGUCCUGGAGCAGCAUGGCAGGGCAGACCCGGAAUCUGAGGCCGACCUGACCCGGAUACACUUCCACACCUUGGCCUACCACAUCCUGGCCACUGUGGACGGGCACUGGGUGAAUCAGCAGUCAGCAGUGGCAGCCGGGGCACGAGUAGCCAGCAGUCAGGCAUGCGGCCUGCAGGCCGUGGAUGUUAGCAAGGUAGCGCUCAAGGCACCUCAGAGCUUCUAUAGCUCUUUCUCAGAGCCUAGAGAGAGCCUGGUAUUGAACCCAUCCAGCCCAGUUACUGUGUGGCGAAGGGGCAACGUGUCCUUUUAUCUUACUCCAGUACUGGUAUGCAAGCAGCCACUCCGGACAGUAGGACUUGGGGACGCUAUCUCAGCAGAGGGACUGAUAUAUUCUGAGAUCGCACCCCAGUAGCUCUCUGAGCAGUAAAAGUGGUCUUUUAGUAUUGAUUUAUUUGGGCCCCCAAAAUCAAGUCCUUUUUUUCCUGUAUUUUUGCUUUUUUUUAUAUAGCCUCCCUGUUCUUAAUCAUUUGUUAAAAUACUUCUAAGUACAUAACCAUCUGGAUAUGUGAGAGCA